AUGGCCGAACUAAGCGUCUACGACAACGACCCGACGAUAUAUCUCUUUACCUCGCUGACCGCCGGGUCCUCUCACAUUGUUACUGCCACGUCUCGAAUCGAAACAAUCCUAAGGGCGAACAAGAUCCCUUUCAAGGGAGUCGACACGGCGACAGAUGAGCUCGCAAAGAAGCUGUUCCAGCGGAGAGCAAGCGGGAAGAAGCUACCGUUGAUCGUCAAAGAGGGAUAUGUUCUGGGUGGCAUCACCGAGAUCGAAGAAUGGAACGAGUACGACGAGAUUCGAGAAGCGCUGGGCGUCACGGCAGCCUUCACGCCCUUUCCUGCGAAGCCCGGCCCACCACCCAUGGCUGCGCCAGCUACGACCACCUCCUCCUUCUCAUCCACAAGCGCAGCUGCGAAAAAGGAGAAUGUCAUUAUACCCAGUCCAGAGACAAACCUGGCGCUCCGUGAGCUAGGGGCUGAAGCUGCGAAGAAGGCCGCGUCGAUGAAGCCUACUCCAAGCAACAUCAAGACUACAAACCCAUUGCUGGCUGAGAAGACGAACACACCAACCUCGGCGACGUCGAAGAAGAGCCCUACAAAGGAAGACCCUAGCAGCGUCCUCUCGCCGAAAUCUGUCCCAUUACCCGAGACACCGAAGCUUGCGACGCCUGCUACACCGACCGCGACCGCGACCGAGACCGCGACCAAAGAUACAAAGGCUGCUGCUUCGACCGCCAAAGCGGAGGCCAAGCCUGCAGCCACGACCACAGCGACAAAAGACGCGAAGAGCACGAAGGACGCGAAAGCCGCUACAUCAAGCACGAGCAAAGACACAAAGGCGAAGGACACCAAGGCAAAGGACGCGAAAGACGCGAAAGCAAAGGACUCCAAAGCGAAAGACACCAAGGCAAAGACCACCACAUCCUCAAAAGAUGCAAAGUCAAAGUCUACAAGAAAACCCGCAACAGGAGGACUCUUUGGCCUGGGAAAGCCCGUCGCAAAGUCAAAGUCGUCGAAACCCUCAAGCAGCAAAGACACAAAGAGCAAAGAUACAAAGUCGAAGAGCACAAAAGAUACCAAGGCUGCCGCGAAACCGGGUAUCCCCAAGCUCUCCGAUCUGCAGAAACCCGUUCAUGCGCCUCCAUCUAUGCACGACGAUGCGAAGAACCCUUCGCUUAGUGCUGGACCGAUAAGCUCGACAACGAAGGAAGACGAGGGGAGUGGUGAGGAGGACGAAGAUAGCGAGGGAGAAGAAUCCGAGGAGGAGAGCUCCGAAGAAGAGGAUGCCGAUGCGGAUAAACCAGCGGCAGCUAAAGCCCCAGCAAAAGCGACUGCAGCGACCGAAGAGAGCAGUGAAGAAGAAGAGGAUAGUGACGAAGAAGAAGAGAGCGAGGAGGACAGCGAAGAGGACAAGAAACCUGCACCACUGGCUACAAAAGGGAAACCCGCGACGCAAGUCAAGAAAGAAGCUGAAGCAGAGGAGAGUUCAGAAGAGGAAGACAGCGACGAUGAUGAUGACGAGGAGAGCUCGGAGGAAGAAGAAGACACACCCAAGACGCAGAAGCAAUCUGCCAAGGACGCGAGUAAAGCUGGUGUGAGUGUAAAGGAUUAG